AUGAAUAGACGAGAACCAUCGCUAUUUACAAUGAAUGCGGCAGAAGUCGGUUUCGGAUUCGCCAAGCUUUAUUACGCUACUUUAAGUACCAAACCCGAGAACGCAUACUUGUUUUACGACGAGCUCGGCAACUACCUAACUAUAUACGAAGAUGGCACCUCUAUCCAAGCCAAAAGCUGGAAAGAAAUAAACAGCAUCCUGAUGAGGCCCUUAACCACAUCGGAUAUAUUCGUUAAAUCGAUUACUUCAGAAGCCCGUGGUGGUUCGUUGGACAACCUACUAAUUACGGUGACUGGUGAACGUUUCAAGCAUGUAUUUAUAGCGAAUCGCCGUCCGAAGCGGGGAAUACGUUAUGCAAUUGUGAGAUCUGUGAAACAAUAUUUUCCUCUAAACCAACCAAUACAGGUAGCAGCUUUCGAUGUAAGUGACAAUAUUGUUAAGAAUACUGACGAUCACGAGCCGGCACAAAAGAAACAAGUAAAAUUUUCGGAUGAUAUCGUCAACUACCUUAAUCCUUCUCGUAAUGCCAUUAUGAAUAACAAUCAUAAUAUUAUGACGUCCGUGAAAAACCCACCGAAGACCAUUCUAAAACGAGUAACCGGUUCUACUGAAAUUGCCACCACAACCAAACUUUCUCCCGAUACCAUGAAUAAUGACGCAUACCACGAAAUAACCGCCAUUAAAACUUCGAUAAGCUUUGAGACGAGUGCGACUGAAGCAGGCAACAGAUUUACCCAGCUAUAUAAUGCUACUUUAAGCACUAGGCCUAAGAACGCGUACUUAUUUUAUGACGAGUUCUGUGACUACAGAACGAUAUACGAAGACGGCACCUGCGUCAUAGCUAAGAACUGGAAAGAAAUUAAUAGUACUCUGUUAAGUUCUACGAACUUAUCUGAUAUUUUCUUCAGAUCGAUUACUUCGGAACCCCGUGAUGGUUCGUUGGACAAACUGCUAAUUACAGUGACUGGUGCACGUUUCAAGCAUGUAUUUAUCGCGAAUCGCCGUCCGAAACAGGGACUACGUUACGCUAUAGUGAGGUCUGUGAAGCAAUAUAUUCCUCUUAACCAACCAACACAGGUAACAACAUUCAAUGUGGGUGACAAUAUUGCCGAGAAUACUAACGAUCACGAGUCAGAACAAAAGAAUCAAGAAAACAUUUCAGAUGGUAUCGUCAAUUACGUUCAUCCUUCUCGUAAUGCCGUUAUGAAUAACAAUCAAAGUACUAUUACAACCGUGAAAAACCUACCGAAGACUAUUCUAAAACAAGUAACCGGUUCUACCGAAAUUGCCACCACAACCAAACUUUCUCUUGAUACCAUGAAUAAUGACGCAUACCACGAAAUAACCGCCAUUAAAACUUCGAUAAGCUUUGGGACGAGUGCGACUGAAGCAGGCAACAGAUUUGCCCAGCUAUAUAACGCUACUUUAAGCACUAAGCCUAAAAACGCGUACUUAUUUUAUGACGAGUUCUGUGACUACAGAACGAUAUACGAAGACGGCACCUGCGUCAUAGCUAAGAACUGGAAAGAAAUUAAUAGUACUCUGUUAAGUUCAACGAACCUAUCAGAUAUUUUCUUCAGAUCGAUUACUUCGGAACCCCGUGAUGGUUCGUUGGACAAACUGCUAAUUACAGUGACUGGUGCACGUUUCAAGCAUGUAUUUAUCGCGAAUCGCCGUCCGAAACGGGGACUACGUUACGCUAUAGUGAGGUCUAUGAAGCAAUAUUUCCCUACAGACCACCCGACGCAGGUUAAAGCUUUCGCUGCGGGUGACAAUAUUGCUCAGAAUACUUACAAUCAAGAAACGGCAGGAAAGAAACAAGGAAACAUUUCGGAUGAUAUUGCCGAAUACAAGAAACCUUCUUUUAAUGCCGUUAAUAUUAACACUUAUAAUGCUAUUACAACCGUCAAAAACCCACCGAAGGGUAUUUUAAAACGUGUAACCAGAUCUACCGAAAUCGCUACCACUUCCAAACCGUCUCGUGAUACCGUUAAUAAUGACGCAAAUCACGAAAUAACCGCAAAUAACAAUUCGAUUGGUGUUAUGACGAGUGCGACCGAGGUAGGCUUUAAAUUUGUCCAGCGCUAUUAUGCCACUUUAAGCACUAAAAAGGAUCUCGCGUACUUGUUUUAUGAAGAGCACGGUGAAUACCAAACGAUAUACGAAGAUGGCACAUCCGUCCUAGCCAAGAACUGGGAAGAAAUAAAUAGCGUCAUUUUGAGUCCUGUAACAUUUUCUGAUAUAUUCGUCAGAUCGAUUACUACGGAAUUCUAUGGUGGAUCGUUGGAAAACCUCUUAAUUACGGUGAUCGGUAUGCAGUUCAAACAUGUAUUUAUCGCGCACUACUGUCCGAAUCGGGAACUAAAUUACGUCAUAGUGAAGUCCAAGAAGCAAUAUUUUCUUUCAGACCACACGACGCAGAUAGAAAAUUCCGCUGCGGGUGACAUUUAUGCUUACAAUAGUUUAUAA